AUACAUCCGAACUUAUAUACAUAAUAACGGAAACUUAUAUUCGAGUGAUGAAUUUCCCUUAACGCCGGAUGAUGUAGGAUCGACAAGAUUUAUAUACGUUUGUGGCUGAUUAAUAUAUUUAGUGUAUGUGUUAAUAUUAAAGCUGCCUGCAUUCAGCUUGACUUCGUUCGAGACGAGAUAGCUUAGGCGAGAGAGAGUCAGCGACUACGAAAAUGCUGGUGCUCACGUACUUUCUAGUAGCACUUUUCACUUUGAUUUUAGCCAAAGAUAAAUGUGGUCAACACGAAUGUGCCGACCAAGCAUUUAACCAAAGCUAUCACUUUUACUUACAGGGUUGUUUCUGCGAUACUCGCUGUGAGGUUUAUGGCGACUGCUGUGUUAAUUACAACUCAACAGACAUAUCAACCAGCGAUAAAUAUGGUGAAUCUAAUUGUGUCGCACUCGAUGACGAUCAUGCGUUGAUGAUGGUAACGUCUUGUAGCAAAGAGUACUCGCCUGAGUCUGAAAUAAGUCAAAACUGCUAUACGGACACUGGCCAUCCAGCUUGGGGCAUUCCCGUAACAAGUAUUGAAUCCAAGAUUGUCUACAAAAAUAUGUUUUGUGCUCUUUGUAACAGUGAAAAUCACUAUACGUUUUGGAACAUACGCAUAGAAUGCCCAGAGGAAAUUGACACUAGCAAUCUUAGUAAAACUCUUGAUGAAAAUAUGGAAGGAUGCAAUACAAAAAUGGAAAACUUAGAACCUUCUUACGAACAUAAAUGUAACAGCAGUAUAAUCUCCAGCUGUCCACAAGGAACAAAAGAUGAACAGACUGUGAAAGAUUGCCGUAAUGGUUACUACGGAGUUGUUUACGAUCUUAACGGUACAAUGUAUAAAAAUAUUUUUUGUUUCAAUUGCAAUGUAAAUAAGUCGGAAGAAAUACUUUGUCACUAUGACACAGGACCUACGAUAAUCGAAAUGGAAGCAAGAUUAUCGUUUUCAGUUCUGCUUAAUUUCAAUCGAGAUGUUACUGUAAACAAGGCAGACCACCUGGUACGGAUGAAUCCUUGUAAAGAAGGGUACAUAUAUACUAACGGAGAGUGUCGAAAGAAACUGCAAGUGGAAAAAAGCGGUCCGAAGUGUACGCAGGUAAAACUUAACAACCAUGAAUUUGUAUUCUUAGCAAAUGGAACACUUUACCAUAAUUCAACAAAGACAUUUCACGGAAAAGAAUAUUAUUCUAUAAAUGACACAAGCCGUAUGGAUGUGUAUAUAUGCAUGGAUCGGAUUUUAAACAAAGAUGUACAACGAAUACCUUUAACUACUUCUGAAACCGAAAUCCAGCUCACAUAUGUGUGUUCUGUAAUUUCAAUGAUUGCUUUAGCCAUUCUUAUUGCUAAAUUUUUAUAUUUUCGUAAUAUUCGCUCACUGUCCGGUUUCAUAUAUGUUUCAUUUGCCAUCACUUUAUUUAUAGCGCAACUUCUCUUCGUCCUAACACCUCAUUUUUCCAAGAUGGUCAUUUCAUCCUGUCGUGCAGUAGCAGUGGUUAUGCACUACGCGUUUCUGUCAUCAUUCUUCUGGUUAAAUUCCAUCACUAUUAACAUAUGGCUAUCUGUCUGCUGGACACCAUGUCAAUCAAAAAAAUAUUCAGAAAAACGUUCUUUUAUCUCCUAUUCGGCCUUUUCAUGGCUUGCACCCAUACUCUUGAUUGUACCUGCAAUUCUACUCGAUAAGUACCAACCGAAUUCUAUUUUCGCUCCCAGUUAUGGGUUAUAUGAAUUCUGCUGGAUAAACAAUGGGUCGAGUAUUAUGCUUUUCUUCGCAGGUCCGCUUGCUUUGAUUAUUCUCAUAAAUAUGAUACUUUACAUACAUACCGCUGUCACAAUUUACAAACUCCGUAAAUUUACUCAGCAACAUUCGGACAGAAACGAUGUUGUAGCAAUAUUUAUCAACAUGAAACUUUGUUUAUUGACUGGUAUUACGUGGAGUAUUGGAUAUGUUGCAAUCGUAACACAUUCUUACCACUUAAGAGUUGCUUUCAUCUUUUUAAAUUCAUCUUUCGGACUUUGGGUUGCAAUGUCUUUCUUGUUUACUCGAAGCAUCUUCACCAAAAUGAAACAGAAAAUAAGAACAUUAACUGAAACCGGAGAAUAAACCGAUUCUUAUAAACUCCGCAUUUGUAAAUAUAUCAUUUUAGCUGAUUGUAUAUUAAAUUGUAAAUAUUUCUCCACGCAUAAAAAUGUCAAGAUAUUUCCAUUA